AGGAGGCGGGGCCUCAGCUGAGAAGGCUGGGAGGUGCUUUGACAAGGGACUUUGUAAGGGUGGGGAGGGGCCUUGUGAAAGAAAAUGAAAACAAAAUGCCCAUGACAAAGGGCAGGGCUGGGACAGUCCUGCUGAGGAGACUGCAGCUAGAUACCUGGGAUCAGAAACACAAUGAGUCUGCUACCAGCAGAAACAUUCUACUACCAGUUUGGCAACCAGCCACGGGUCAAAGAGCCCAGAGGCCGGAGGGAGACCUACUUGUGCUACAAGCUGAAGCUGCUCGAUGAGACACUUGACCAAGGCUGCUUUAAGAACCAGAAAAGGAGCCAUGCAGAAAUUUGCUUUAUUGAGAAGAUCAGCUCACUGGACCUGGACCGAACCCAGAGGUACAAAAUCACCUGCUAUAUCACAUGGAGCCCCUGUCCCCGCUGUGCUGAGAAACUGGUGGCUUUCAUUGAUGAUUACCCCCACCUGAGCCUGCAGGUCUUCGCCUCCCGCCUGUACUUCCACUGGUGCUGGCCACAUCAGUGUGGGCUGCAACUUCUUUGGAAAUCCAACAUCCCAGUGUUGGCCAUGACAGAACCAGAGUUUACUGACUGCUGGGAAAACUUUGUGGACAACCAGGGAAUGCAGUUCGAGCUCUGGGAGAAGCUGAAGCAAUACAGUGACGCAGCAAAGCGAAGGCUCCAGAAGAUUCUGAGGAUCAACACAACAUAUCAGUUCUCAGAACAGAGCUCAGGAGGGAUUCAGUAUCUGAAUAGUUUAGUGGAUGCAGUCAGAAAUGUGACCUUGGGUGCCCAUCACGCUCAUCACUAAGAAGUAACUCAAGAUGACUGUUCCUGAAGCAUCUUCAUGAUUCAUAAACUGCUGACUCUUCGGGGCAAGUAGUGAGCUCCACUGGCAUACCUGACCCUCACCCAAGUCCAAAGACCUUUCUUUCCUCCUUUUUUUGUUUGUUUUCUCUUCUCCUAUAAGUAGGUGCAUAGUUUUACAGUUGAAAAACUAUAGAUGAUUUUUAAAAUAUAUUUUUUUCUUUUCAAACUUUA